AUGGAAUCAAAUACUUCUGCGGCUAAAAGCGCUUCGGAUUCUGCUCCUUCUGGCAAUCCUGAACAAGAAUCUAAUGCUAUUGAUGCGGACUUGUUGCUCGCAUCCGCUCACGGCGUCGCCCCCGCUGCUUCUCGGGCAAGCCGGUUUGCACCUGAUCCGCCUGGAGAUCAUGUGGAAAAGGAAGAUGGCGUCAAAACGAAAGCACCAAUCGCUGGCACUGAAACUUCUAUCGUCUCACAGUUACGCGUUGCCGACUCGGCUCAGCCUGCUAAGAAAGAAGAGACGACCUCAGAGACGACUGAUCAGUCGGACAAGAAGCGCCCUGCUGAUUCGAUUGCUGCUGUUGCUGCUGCCGCAUCUGGGACUUCGCCGACAGGAGCGGCGACGCAGGGAGGCGUAAAAUCAGAAGCUUCUCAUCCACCGGAAGAUAGCAACAAGAAGGCGCGACGCACUCGCAGUUGGGAUGAGUUCUUUGGAGCUCUGGCAUCGUUCAAAGCCAUCAAUGGGCACUGCAACGUCCCCGUCGAUUAUCGCGAGGAUCCAGAGCUCGCCGUGUGGGUCCGGGAACAACACGCUCGGCGAAGUGUCCUGUCUCCCGAGGAACGCUACAAGUUGGAUUUGAUUGGGUCGUUUGAAGCCGCUGGCACUGUGGGAGCCCUCACCAAUCAAGCUAACUUUGCCGCUGCAGCUGCCAUGAACCCCGCUCAGUCCUUUGCUGCCACCUUGGGAAGCUUUGGAAUGCACAUGGCACCUGCGGCUCCACAGGCCGGGCCCUUGGCGAGUCGAAACAUUUUUUCCACCCUGGAGAUCUACAAGCAACGGCAAGCACUGGCCUCGUUGGCGGCAAUGGGACAGCACACUGGCGCUCAGGGACUUCUGUCCUCGGUGGCACUUGGUCAAACUCCUUUGACGCCAAUGAUGGGUCAGGUGGACCCGAAUCAGCAGCAGUGGAACUUUAUGUAUCAGCAAGUCGAGUCCUACUUUAAGGUACAUGGGGAGGUUGACACUCUUGCCACUUCGACCACUGAUGCAUCCCUCCGACUUUGGAUGCUGCAGCAGAAGAACCGCUAUCGCAGCGGGACCAUGCCCGAAGACCGUUUGGCCAAGCUCAAGGCUGUCAAGUUUGUCACUGACAGUGAAGGCACUACCGGCAGUGCUGCAGGUGGCGUGAGCGGUGAUGCCAAGAAACCCGCGGCACAGAGCAAGGAGGCCGCCAAGAGGCGUGUCCGAUCGUUUGAUGAAAACUUCAAUGCCUUGUUGGAGUACAAGAAUAUCCAUGGCAAUGUUGAUGUGCCUCAAAAAUACGAUAAAGAUCGAAAGCUGGGCAUCUGGGUGAAAAAUGUUCGUCAGCACCCGAAUCGGCACUCCGAAGAGCAGCGGGCACGGCUGGACGCUAUCGGCUUCAAAUGGCGAAAGCUUCAGCUAGACGACCAAUGGACCGAAGCAUUCAAGCAGUUGCUGGAGUAUCGCGACAAGUACGGAGAUUGCAAUGUUCCGUCCCGGUGGAAGACAUCUCCGGCAUUGGCACGUUGGGUCCAUACACAGCGAACCAUGUACCGUCGCAACAAGCUACUCGACGAACGAAAGGAAAAACUUGAGGAGGCCGGCUUUGUCUGGGACUGCAACGCUAUGCGUGACGAUGAAGCGUUUCACGAGAAUUAUGAAAAGUUGGUUGCCUUCAAGACCGUCAAGGGCCACUGCAACAUCCCCAACAAAUACCGACGUGAUCGUCCUUUGGGUCGUUGGGCUUCCAAGAUGCGAGAUCUGUACGCCGCUGACCAGUUGGACGCGGAUCGAAAAAAGGCCCUGAAUGAUAUUGGGUUUGCUUGGAAGUUGGAUGGAUCAGGCAAGAAGGAUGGGGCUGAUGGCGGCCAGGACACUCCAGAGGGAAUUGAUGGAGAUUGGAGUGGCGAUGAAUCUGAAGGCGAGGGGCCCAUUGCAGCUUAG